CAUUUUAAAGUCGGUUUUCGUCUCUAAUACAACAAGCUAGUUCCGCCCCAAAAUUCCAGUUUCAAAAUUAAACAUUUUUUAAAAUUAAAACAUGGAAAACAGCGGCAUGCGGUUACCCGGCAUUUUUUGCCCAGAUGAAAAUGUUGAGCAGUUUUUUAAACUGUACGGAAAUGAUAAUUUAAGCAAUAUGAUAAUGGCCGCUAAUUAUAGUCAUCCGUACAAUUCAAAUAACGUGCAGAAUAAUGCUCAUCAUGCUCAUCCGCCGCCGGGAAUAAUGCAGGUCAACCCAGGCUUUCAAUCCCGAUUUUAUGGGAAUUCACCAGCAAUUGACGAGCGAAACCUUAAAUAUAAUUCACGUUAUGUUGCUAAUGCCUUUCAAAGAUCCAGUCCAACCAUGCAUCGUGGUUAUGGUGACCAUUAUAGUCCCUCUCCGAGUUUCAAGAACUACAAUCCAGAAUAUUCGCCAAGACAGCUGGGAGUCCAACCUCCGAGGGCAAGACAAUAUCACUCUGAGCAGAAUCAACAGUUGCAGUUUAUGUACCCACCUCCACCUGGACCCAGAUUUCCCUGGCUGUAAACCAUACUCGGGCCCCAACUACAAUUAAUGCCAUUAUUAUUUUUUAGUUUCUGUAGGUGAACAGUUUAAGCAUGACGUGAAUUUUCGUUAUUUCAUAACUCGAUAGUGGCUUCCAAAAUUAUGAAUAAGCCAUAACCAAGAUCUUCAAAUCGUUAUUUAAUUCGCUCUGAAUCCUAUAAUAGAACUCGCAAAAGUACUCACAAAUGGGAUAAAUGCGAGAGCAAAAAAAAAAAAAAUAUUUCAACAGUUUAAAAUAAUUUGCACAAAAGUUUUCGCACAAAACAAGGGGCAAACAAGAAAUGAAAAAGCGAAAAAGAGCUGGAAUCGUUUGUAUUUUCUUUCUGUUUGUUUGGGAGCUUUCGACUGCGCCAUUCAAGUUUGUUAAACAUUAAAAUGGAGCUGCAAUAGAAAAACGUUAACUAAACGCGAGCAGACAGCAAACAAAGCAUCCCGCGUUUGGAAAAGAAUAUCUGUGUAUGUGUGUGUGUGUGUGGGGUAAAACCAACACAAACACACUUCAAUCCACACACUGGCAUCGCCUUCCAGGCAUAGUGCAAAAUAAACCAACAGCAAAAAUAAAUAUUAAAAUUUGUGCAAUAAAAUGCCGAGCAAUAAAACUAAAAUAAGCGAGAGAAAAACCAAAAAUAAAAAAAAAAUAAAUGGAAAGUAGAAAAGUUGUAUCCCCACAGCGA